GAUACGUCCUCUGAAGGACGCAGCCACUGAAAUGAGACACUAGCACGCGCAGCGGAAGCAGACGUGAGGAAGGAGAUGACGUCGCUGUUUACUGCGCUCAGUUGUUUUCCGGUCGCUAGCUGGAAGUGAGCGACAGAAUCUACAUUUCACGCAAUCGGCCGCGCGGUCGUUGCAUUGCGAUGGACGCUCACGGGAACGAGCACGAGUCCAUCGACUACUCCGUGCACGAGGCCUGGAACGAGGCGACCAACGUCUACCUGCUGGUGAUCCUGGUCAGCUUCGGCCUGCUGAUGUACGCCAGAAAAAACAAGAGGAAGAUCAUGCGCAUCUUCACUCUGCCGCCCACAGCUGGCAGCAGCCCGGAGCCCAACUUCUACGACAGCCUGCAGAAGGUCCGCCUGAGGCAGCAGCUGGAGAUGUACUCUCUGGCCCGGAAGUUUGACCAGCAGCAGGGACAGACGGACAGUGUGCAGCUCUCCAUGGAAUGAGGCCGCAGAGGACCUCAUCCGUCUCAGUCACAGGAAACACUCCCACGUCUCUGUCCUCUGUUGGUGGAAAUGGAAGGACUUAAAUGGCCGAUCGGAGAUGAAGCACGAGACGCUACGCUGAGAAAGGUCUCCUGUCCUCCUCUUGUGUGAAAUUUAUCCGACUGGAUGAACGGACAGAGAAGCAGUGCCACAGCGCAGAGACCAACAUGGAUUGACAAGUGAUGAACUUACCGUCACAAUUUAAAGAUUUGUUUUGCACAUUGAAAUAGAUCCUUCAGAUUAAAUAGGUUCUAGAUGGUUUGUUUUUUACUUGUUAAAUAUGUCAUAUGUGUGAUGUGCAAGAUCCUAAGAUGUGAAAAUAAAGAUACUUCAACCAUGAA